CUAAAACUCACCACCUUAUAGGAAUUGCCAUAAACACUCUUGCCGAUCGAAUGUUGUCGCUAUCUAGACCUCAACCAUUUUCCCUCAAUGUCUUCAAGCAAAAAACAACUGGGACAUAAACAUACCACCGGUUACUUUAUUUGGCUUUUCGCCAUAAUUUGCACCAUCAUAUGCAUAGCAGUGAUAAUCUCAGGCAUCGCAGUGUUCAUUGGAUACAUGGUCAUACAUCCGAGAAUACCUACCUUGAGUGUCGCAAAUGCCCAUCUUGAUACCAUGCAAUAUUCUCAAGCUGGUCUACUUGAAACCGCAAUGAAUAUUAUCAUCAGGGCCAAGAAUGAUAACAGCAAAGCUCAUGCAAGUUUUUCAGACACUAGCUUCAUUCUCAGCUUCCAAGGAUUAGUACUAGCAAAACUCGUCGCCGACCCGUUUGAUGUAAGCAAAAACAGUUCUACUGAUUUUAAUUAUGUAGUCACAUCUUCUGAAAUUCCAUUGGAUUCUGCUCGAAUGCAUCAAGUAGACUUGGCAUUGAAGAAAAAGGUAAUUACAUUCGAUUUUAAAGGGAACUCGAGGACUCAGUGGAGAGUGUCGCUGCUUGGCUCUGUUAAGUUCUGGUGUCACCUCAAUUGUCAACUCCGGUUCCAUCCCGUGAACGGAACUUACAUAAACUCACGUUGCAGCUCCAAAUCUAAAUGACCUUUCUUUAUCUUUGUAUUGGUUAAAGUUCUGCUCAUAUGCUGUCUCUGUCUCUCUCUCAAAGUUGUUCAGGCUCUCUUUUUCAAUUUUUUUUUUUCUCCUUUUUACUCUAGGUGUAGUGAAAUAAA